AUGGCUUCUAAAAAGGCUUUGAGACGUUACAUACAAAAGAGGAAUCUCCACAAAUCUUAUAUGUUACAAGAUUGCUCUCUAGUUAUCGACGGGAACAGUUUCUUUAAGGAGUCAUACAAAAAUAGUGGCUGCCAGUUCUUAUUGGGGCCUGAUUGUAACAAAUAUAUCAUUUACUUAAAUGAACAAUUAAAAUGUUUCUCUGCAUGUAACAUAACAUGUUACGUAAUCUUUAAAGGGACUACAAGAGAUGAAUUAGAAAAAAUACAAAAUAUACAUCAACAAAUGCUCAACGAUCGAAUUCAUACUGAAAAUUCUCUAAACAGACCCUCAUUUUUUGAGCCACUUCUCGUUGAAGACAUGCAGAAACAACUAUUGAAAUUGAGUGGGAUAAAAUAUUUUUGUUGUGAAUAUGAAGCGAUUGAAGCCAUUAUAGGCGUCGCGAGAUCUUUCAAGUGUCCAGUGUUAACAGAUAACAUCGAAUAUUGCCUUUAUGGAGUAUCCUGUAUUCCGCCAAAUUCUAUCACAUGGGAGAAGAACUCCACAGCAGUACAAUGUACUAUAUACGAUCAUGACAAAUGCAAAUAUUCUAUAGGCGUUCAUCAUAAAAUGCCACUACUGUUGACAGUGUUGUCUAUGAUCUCAGAGUUGCCAGAAUGUGGAAAUAUAGAUGAUAUAUCCUCAGUAAUUCGUUGGGUGAAACAGCAACAAAAAGAUGUAAUUAACGAAAUUACAAACAACAUUAGUGACUUAAACAAGAGGAAAAUAUUUAUAGAUUUGUUUUACAGAAACAUCAUAUUAUAUUCGUAUCCUUCAUGUAAUUUGGCGGUAAAAUAUUGCAAAAGGGAUAAGUUUUAUGGACUAUUUAAAGAUGAUAAAAAAUGGUUUUCUAAAGGUGUAUCCAAUGGAAGAAUAGCGCUUCCUUAUAUUGUCAUGAAACGAAAAGGUCUUGUGAUUGGCUCCACGGUUGUAAACGACAUUCGCGAACAUGAUGCUAUUGAAGCUGCCGCUCCAGUCAUUUCAUACGCCCACUGUCUUUUAACGAACUCUCAAAAGUCAACGUUAAAAUAUGUCGGGAGAAAGAAUACUAUAUGCACCACGUGGGAUUACGAAUAUUAUUGGAAAGGACAAAUACAUAACAGAGACAUAUUCAAUAAAUAUGGAAAAAUGAAGAAAAAAUCAUCUCUUGGCAAUCCUUUCUAUUUAUUUAUAAAGGAAAUAAUAUCUGUGAAUGUGGCAGAAGAUAUUAGGAUGGUUACAAAUGCUCUAUUUUCAACUGAACUUAAAAACUGUAUAAUUCUUGUUGUAACUCUCGUUUACUACGUUCAGAAGAGUCAAAGGCAAAAGGAAUUAUACAAACAAUAUAUGGAGCAACUAACAGGGGCGUACUUGGAGAGGUGUGCGGAUUUGGAUGAUAUACACUGGGACCGGAGGUAUAACAACAAAGCCCCAUCUCAAGAUUCGCUAUACCCAUUUUCCUGUGAAGAUUGUUGGUGUUAUACAGACGGGUCGGGAUCCUGCUGUGGUUCCGAAUGUUCUGAAUGUCCUGAUAGUGGCAGGUGUUCGUCUCCGUGUUGUUCCGAAGUGAUAUUCAAUGGUGGAUAUCAUUUUGGAGACAAGAGACCACCGCACUUGCAUGCCUGUCAUCGUUAUCCUAUUUGCUGUCCUGGAAACUUUAGGUAA